ACAACAAAGGAAGGAGUUGGGGGGUUUAGAAGAGGACGUGGUUGGGUUGUUUCGUUUCCAUCCACUCUUUUCUUUCUUGUUUGUUUGUUUCUUCUCCAGCCCUUCGCCAGACCAACAAGGAGGUACAACAACAAAAUCUGAGCUUUUUUGGGGGUUUAAUUUCUCCAGAAGAGUCACAUAACAAAGGAAGAACAAGAUUUGAAUUUUCUUGGGUCUUCAGAAAAGAGGCAGAAGACAUUUAAAAGGAGGAGGAGAGACAUGGAGGAAACAAUGGCGGCUAGGUACUGGUGUCACAUGUGUUCACAGAUGGUGAACCCAACAAUCGAAUCCGAGAUCAAAUGCCCCUUUUGCCAAAGCGGUUUCGUUGAAGAAAUGAACGGUAACGGUAACGGUAACGGAGGCUUAAGAGACGUUCAAGACCCUGAAACAGAGUUUGGAACAACAGACCGUGCGAUGACUCUAUGGGCACCAAUCUUGCUUGGUAUGAUGAGCAGUCCUCGUAGACGGAGAAGGUUCAGAAGAGCAGAGUUUGUUGAAGAAGAAGAAGACAACGAAGACGAAUCCAACAAUGUUGAUCAUCAUCAUCAUAGAGCUAGGCGUCACGGUGGAGAGAUUGAUUUGGACAGAGAGUUUGAAUCUCUGUUAAGGAGAAGACGAAGAAGCUCAGGGAAUAUACUGCAGCUCCUUCAAGGGAUACGUGCAGGGAUUGCUUCAGAGUACGAAAGCUCUGAUAAUAACGAGAGAGUGAUCAUGAUCAAUCCUUAUAACCAGUCCCUCGUUGUUAGAGAUCAAACGCAGACUCAUUCUGCGUUGACUUCGCUUGGAGACUACUUCAUCGGACCUGGUUUGGAUCUUUUGCUUCAGCAUUUGGCUGAGAAUGAUCCCAACAGGCAAGGGACUCCGCCUGCUCGUAAAGAAGCCGUUGAAGCUUUGCCGACGGUUAAAGUGACGGAGCCGUUGUUGCAGUGUUCGGUUUGUUUGGAUGAGUUUGAGAGAGGCGUGGAGGCUAAGGAGAUGCCGUGUAAGCAUAAGUUUCAUGUGAAAUGUAUUGUUCCGUGGCUUGAGAUUCAUAGCUCGUGUCCUGUUUGUCGGUUUGAGCUUCCUUCUGGGAAUGAUGAUGGUGAUGAUGAGAGUAAGGUUGUGUCUGAGAGAGGAACGAGAACUGUUCCUGAGAGUAGUAACAGAGAGGAGGUUGUUGAGGAUGUGGGGAGUGUGGAGAGAGGAAGAGAGGAGGAUGUGAGGAGUGGGAAUGGGAGGAGGUUUUCGAUUCCAUGGCCGUUCAGUGGUUUCUUCUCUUCUUCUUCUUCUUCUUCUUCGUCUUCUCCUUCAUCAUCUGGAUCAGCUCAGUCUGGUGAGAACAAUGUCUACUCAAGAUCUUAUGGUUCUUCUCGCUGAUAAAAUAACUAAACAUCCAGAAACUAAGAAUGUUGGUUCUGUUCUUGUUGCCUUGUCUUGUAUUUUCUCAUUUUCUAGCUCUUCAUUUUGUUUCUCUGUAUUUCAUUUCGCUGCAUUUUAUGUACAUAACAAUGCUGUUUAUUUACUCAAAAGACUGUUGAAAAAUCCUUGGAGGUACUAUAUGUUAUUCUUCGUUUCAA